AUGAGUGCAAGGUGGACGAAGGUGGAUGAUGAUGGGAAGUGCAAAAUGGCGUAUGUGAAUGUUGCAGAAUGGAAACCAGAACAAGUUACGGAAUGGUUAAAAGGUUUAGACAAUUCGAUUUUGGCGUACGUGCAUUCAUUUUUAAAUAACGAAGUGAAUGGACAACAACUUCUGAAUAUUCGUCCCGAUGAUCUUGACCAUUUAGGAGUACAGAAAUUAGGCCAUCAGGAAAUUAUUCUUGAAGCUGUUGAACAUCUCCGCAAUUUCCAUUAUGAACUUGACCGAGAAAAUUUGCAACUUCUUGCGUUACGAUUAUCAUGUCGAGCAAGAAGUCUAUAUAAAGAGUUACUUUAUCAAGAAGAUUCAGAACCUGUCAGUACUCAAACUUUGGCUGAUGUUGCCAGUAUCAUUACCACAGUUAAACCUAUUGCCUGCUGGCUAGGGAGGUCGCCCUUUGCUGGUCAAUUUGAUUAUCAUCAUCGAAAAAUGGAAUUGCUGAAUUUAAGUAUAGAAAUCGCAACUUGUGCUCAAAGGGAUCGUUUCGCUGAAAGACCUGUUGAGGAAAUACGGCGAUCUUGUGAUCAACUUGCAUCUUUGGCAGAUAGUAUUAUACGCGAUAUUCAAGAUCCUUUGUUGUUGCAACCUGCCUCGCUUGAUUUAGCAACAGUGAAGAAAAGAGCUGGAGACGAUCUUGGAUUUUUUAUUCAACCCUCAUUCCAUGGUGUUCAUCAGAUAAGUGAGCUCAAAUUUAGUUCCCCUGCUCAGCAGUGUGGAAAAAUUGAAGAAGGUGAUGAAGUUGUCCAAGUAAAUUAUCAAACUGUAGUGGGAUGGCAAUCAAAAAAAGUAAUGUUUUUGUUAGAAGAAUCUCCUACUGAUGUGUUUCUGACCUUAAAAAAACGCCCUCGCCAUACAAAGGUGUAUGGGCAAAUAUAUAUCAAGCCAUACCGCCUACCAAGCAAAAAACGAGCUACACCUUAUACUCGAUGGCAUGAAAAUUUGCCUUCACCACGGCCUGAAUUGUUGACUAUUCCAGAUUUUGAAAUACCUCUUCCAAGAUCUUCCCCAAAGCAAGGAAUUACGACACCUGAAGUUGUUCGUCUCUCCGAUUCCGAGCCCUUGGCCAGUAGCUCCAGUUCGGGAGAUGAUGAUGAGGACGAUGGAGCUUUCCUGCCAGGUGUUGCUGACUUGUCUCAAGCGUCUCCAACAUCAAUGCGUCUCUACCUUCCAAAGCAAAGGUCAUCCGUACAAAGGAGAGCUACAGUUACUGGAGCAAGUCCCACUAGUCGUCGUCCACCAGUCAAUAUUGAACAGUUUUGGAGGGAAUUACAAUUACAAUAUCAGUGGCGUGGUACUGGACAAAAUUCAUCAUCAACAAUGAAUUCUGAUUUGUGUCAACUCCGAGAUAAACCACAUGGCAUUAGUAGUAGCUUAGUGUCAGUCAGUGAUGUGAUGCGUCCCACUACAUGUCUGGGUAUUGAACAGUCAAUGAAACAUUCUUUGAAUGUUAUUAAACAAAAACAUCAAAAAGACAAGAAUUUUAUGGGUUCAACUCUUGAUGAAAAAAAGAAAGAAGUCUAUAAAGCAUCAAAUAUUUAUUCUUAUAGAGACCCCGUGUAUCCAGAAGGAAACAACUUUUCGGGUUUGAAAACUGAGAAAUUGGAGAAAUCUAUUGAAAAAGAUUAUUCUACUGCUCAUAAUAUUGCUUGUGGAAAUAGAAGUGACUCUGGGGAAUACAGCAUGAAAGAUAUUUCUGAAAAUUCUUAUUCUGAGUCACCAAAAGAUUUUUCUUGCAGUGAUAGUAUGUCUAUUUCUACCUCAAAAGAUGAUUUUAGAACUUAUUCACCAGGGUGCAAUUCUUUGAGUACUCUUAGCAGUCUGAUUUCUUACCCUCAUGAAAUGGCCAAAGAUAAAACUAAUGACAACAUGAGUGCAGAAGAAUGUUCUGAAAAUGUACUUGAAAGUAAUAUUGUAGAUUCAGUUUCAAGAGAAAUCAGACUUGAUAAAAUUCAGCAGUACCCUAUUGAUGAAAAUACUUUAAAAAUUCCUUAUGGAAAUAUGAAGUAUAUUGAUGACACAAGUGAUACAAAUUUAAGUAAAGAAUUUUCAGAUGAUUGUGAAAUUCAGCCUCCUUUAGAUGAUGCUGAGAUGUGCAUAAGAACUUUGCCCAACUUGCCAAAAUGUAAAGAAAAAUUUAUUAGUUGCAAAGUUUCAGAUGGUUCAGUUACUCUUCCUGGAAAUUUUUCACAGAAACAUGCUGGGCUUCUAUGUAAUGAAAUUAGGAAGCAAAAGCAAUCUGAAUCUGUUGGUGUGAAUACUCCUCUUGUUUCUAAAAUUGGCGAAUUCUCAUCUCAGAUUUCUGUACUGGAGGACAAAAAAUCGAAUGAACUUAGUGCAGUGGAACAGUCUGUGAAUAAUACUGCCCGUCAGACAAGUAGAUCAAAUUCUCUGGAUUGGAACCAGAAAAGUACACCAGUAAAACAUGUUAUGGGUUCAAGGAAUAAAAUAGAAGUUGCUAAGAAGUUGACUAUUAAUACUGGAUCUGGUAGUGCAGAGAGUAACAUCUCAAGUGGUAACUCUAGUUUUAGUUAUCGCAAUAAACUUGCUCAGUCUCUUGGCCAGUUAGGAAGUGUUCGAUCUGCACCCUCCACAGUUUGCAGUCCCAAAACUCUAAAAAGAAGAAAUAUGUUACUUGCCAAACGGCGGAAUGUUAAUUUGAAGGAUCUGGGGCAAGCAGACUGUGAAGGUUGGCUACUUCACCGAUGUAGAUGGAGUGGCACAGGAGCAAGUUUGGGCACAACAUGGACUCGUGCAUGGUUUGUUUUAAAAGGUUCAAUAUUCUAUGGUUUCAAGAGCCCUCAUGCAUCAAAAGCCAACAUCAUGAUAUCAUUGCCAGGUUUCACUGCAUCAGUGGCAGAUGAAGUGAAAUCUAAAAAGUAUGCCUUCAAAGUAUAUCACACAGGUACUGUAUUUUAUUUUGCUGCUGAAUCGGAACAAUUACUCUCAUUAUGGCUGGAAUGCAUUGCUUUGGGAACAGUUAUACAGGAUACUGGAAAAUCACUCUGCUCAGAAGAUGCUUUCUUCAGUGAAACUGAUGAUGACUCAGAUCAUGAAAUGGAGAAAGAAUCUGGGACAUGCUUUCCUAAUCCAAGAACAUACAAGUUCAGUAAUUUUUUGGGAGGAAACAGCUCUCCAGUAGCAUCACGCUCUCAGCAAAAUCUUGCAUCGGAAACUAAACUUGGUCAUGAAGUACAGAAGAAAUUUGGCUCACUGAAGAAACUGGGUCGAAAAGUGACUGAUGGAAGUGGAAACCAAAACUCAGGACACAAUGAUGGAGGCAAUUCAUCAAGUCUGGAUCGAAAGUAUUUAUGUUUUUUGGGAAGUAGUCGGAACAGUACAGUGCCUGUACCUACAGCUCACUUUCGAAGUUACAGACGUGUUCCCAAUUCUGCUCCUAAUAAGACACUUCAUGAUUCUAGUCAGAAAAUUAUUGACCCAGUUGUGAAAGGUGUCGCUUCUGGAAAUAGUUCUUCUCCUCGCUACUCGGAUUCUGCAAAAGAUCUUCCCAAAAAGACAAGGGGCCUUUCCAACAUAAGGUCAAUGGAUUCUACUGAAACACCAAAGCUGACACUAGAAAAAGUGAGAAGUACCAAUUAUAAUAAUUUGGUUCUGACCCCAAAUUCUAAUUUGUGUAAAAGUAAAGAGAAAGAAUCUCAUCCAGUGCCAAAUAAGCCUCCAGUUUCUGAUCGAUUCUUACGACCAGUAAAAAUAGGUGAUCUGAGAGACAGGAGUACCCAUGCAUCAAAUCCAACUUUACAGCUCUCUGGGGACUUGUCAGACUACCGCUUAGCUGCUGAAAGGUUACGAGAAUUCAAUGUGCAGAGAAAUCGACCUAGGGAAGAUACCUCUGGCUUUGUAACCCUUGAAGAAUUCAUGUUGUCCAGACAGGAAGAAGAACGAAAAUCAGAGGCUUUACGCAAUAAAAUUUCAAAUGAAAGAACAGAAAUUUAUCAAAGUGUUGAAUCUAGUUACAAAAGUAAUGAAGUUGCAAGACAUAGUAGCUUCAAUUGCAUAAACACUUAUAAAAGCAGUGGAGAAACUAAGGAAACAUGUGAUUGGGAUUCUAGUUGUGCAUCAGAAUGCCCUGGAGAUGUGGCAACACCAGGAAGAUCUAUUGAUACCCGAUGGAAUGCAAAUCAAUUAAAAAGUGUUGCACAGUACCAACCUCCUCCAGUAGCCCAGUCGGAUGACAGUCAACCAUUAACAAUGGCUUUUGAAAUGCACUUAGGGGAAAGAGAAAGCAGUUCUAAGACUUCAAAGUUUCGAAGUAUUUUUACUUCCAAAUCUAAUCGCCAUCAUAAUCAAAAACCAAACAAUCUUGAAGUUCCUUUGUCUGGUGGGCCUGAUUCAAGGCAGAAGACACUUCUUGGUUCACCCAGACUGCACAGAGCAAUAUUUAGAAGUGAUAAAUAUCAUGGUGGAACAAAAGGAAGCACUAGUGAUUCAAAUUCCAAUUCUAGUUCUGUAUCAUCUCCUAUAACACCUUCGCUUAUGUCUCCUAGUGAAUGGGCAGUGGAUUGUGCUUCUGAAACUGGUCUCUCUCAAACUAAGCCAACUAUGGGAAUUUCCAUGCUUGGUAAACGACCAACUCGUCGCACUCCCCUGCUUAGUUCCCAGACACCACCACCACCACCAGUGACUGUGUCAGCACCAGAUUAUCCAGGUUUGGAGUAUCCUCCUGUAUUUGAGCCAGAAACCUACACUCUUGCUGAUGCUAGUAGUUUACGUUCCCGUCCUCGAGUGCAGUCAGAAAAACCAGUGUGAUGUCAUGUGUAUUAUGGAUAUUUAGGUCAGUAAUUAUUUUUAUGCCAACACAAUAUCAAGAUAUUGUUUUGAAAUUUUAAAGAAAAUAAUUAUUUGGGGCUUUGUUGAAAGGCUUCAGGUUAGUAUUUAUUACAUGUUGAUGUAAUGUAACCCUCAAGCAGUCACAUUGGCUGACUCGGUCAACCACCUGUCGUUUUCUUUUCCAAUUAUCUCAUUACUUAUUGUUGUUCAACUAACACUUAUUUUCAAAUUUGGAUCAUCAACUUCUCCAAUAGAAUUUUCAAGCAAGUAGAAACAAAAUUUUAGUAGGUUUGUUUAAUUAUUUUAAUUGCUAUAUUGGGAGAUAAAAUUCACUACAUGACUGUCAGGGUAAGUUUCCCACCACGGGAAUGAGAGAAUUGAUAUUUUCACAUAGAAUAUUAUGUCAGGGGAUGUCAUUUUGUAAAAACUGUGUAUAUAGUUAAUCAAUGCCUUCCAUGAUAUUUAUGGAAUUAAUAACACAUCUCAAUUUUUCAGUCAAUCACGCAACUUUUUAUUCUCCACAAACUGACACUACUGCUUGAUGGUUAAAGUGAAUUUGUUUUUAUUUAAUGUUCAGUGGAAUGAUUCUAUUGUCAGAAGUCAUGAAACAAUUAAAAUUCAAUAAAUCUUUUAACAGCUUUUGUAGACCAGUCUAGCGUUGAUGUUAUUGAGCAAUUUUUGGCCAGCAUUAAAUUUACAAUUCUAUAUUCCUCAGCUUUCUUGAAUACAUUGAAAUAGCAAAUUUACUCAAUGGCUGCCAUGAUCUGUUUCAUCAUUACAAAAGACCUUCACAGGCAAUUAAAUCCAGUCAUGUCAAAUAAAUGUGAGCUGCAUAAAUAUUGUUUAUGUAAAUAUGUAAUUUAUUAAAACAACAUACUUACACACACACACACAUAUACACAUACAUAUUUGCAUUAUGACUAUGUUAUAUUUUAUUCAUUCAAAUGCUUAUCAAUAAUUAUAUCAAGUCUUUUUGGAGUAUAUUUUGAUUUCACUCAUCGAGGUAAAUCUGUAGAAAAACAAGAUUUUCUCAUUUUAGGUGCAUUUGUUUUGCAUAGUAUGUUUGAAACAGUUAUUUUGUUACUUUUUGUUAUUCUCAUAGGUAAAAUUCUAACUAAAUCAUAAAUCUCAUUUGUUAUUCUCAUAGGCAUUCUAACUAAAUCAUAAAUCUGAAUGUGGAUGUGACUAUUAGUUCAUCCUCAGCUCACAUAGUGUUUUUACAACUCCUAAUGAUUGUGUGAUUUCUCUCCAGCACCUUACCGCAUUUUUACAAUCUCUGACUAGUCUUAUUUUCAUUCUAAGUUUUGUUAAAAAUGUGUUUACAGCAUUCUGUGAAGAAACUUGGCAAAUAUUAAUUUUUAUAUUGCAUAUUAUUCUUUUUCCUUUCGUACAACUUCAGGUCUCUUGUUAUUUUUAAGUAAUGUGUUCUUUAUUUUAAUCAUUGUAUGUAUGUCGCUGAUCUUUAUAUAUUACAUAAUUUUACAUUGUGAGAAAUAUCUCAUUAGUGAUGUAACUAGUCAGUGUCUCUUAAAUACUCUCUUGAUUAUGAGAACCAGAAGCUACUAGAGGGUAAAUAUGCUUUGAUUUGAAUAUUCAUCUGAGACAUCUUGCUAAAUAAGUAGAUCACUCAUUCUUUUACAAUUUAAGUAGCACCACAGAAAAAUUGUUAUAUUCUUAUGUAUUUGUUAUCAAAUUAAGGUACCAAUUGACUUGGGAAGGAUAUCAUAUCAAACUUGAAGGUGUAUUUCAAAUUUCAUUUAAGCUAUUUCAUUGGAUAGGUCUUAAUGACUAUAGAUUCAAAAUGUAUGAAUGUGACUUACAAUAUAAACGUUGUAAUUAUCAUGAAUGAAUGGAAGCAGUAAAUGUGAGAUAGUAUUAUUUUGUG